AUGAAGAAGAACUUGGAGCAGCACUUGGAGGACACAAUGAAGAAUCGAGCCACUGUUGGAGUCCUGGGCACAGAUGUGCAAGGACUUAAUCUGGGCUGCUGUGGGAUGCCAUCAGAUGAGCAUGCUGGGGUGAUAUCUGUUCUAGUCCAGCAAACAGCUACGCUAACCUCAGACCUCACCGAUAUUCCCGUGGUGUGUCUGGAAUCCGAUAAUGGGAACAUGAUGAUCCAGAAAUAUGAUGGCAUCAUAGUGGCACUGCACAAAAUGACCUCUUGA